UUGAAAAGGUGUGGAGGCAUUAGUAGCCGAGGCGUGAGCGCGGCGGCCUGGUUAAUGUUAUCCAUUGCACCUCACUUUCCCUCUCUGCUUCAGAACUGCCAUUGCGCCAUUUCACACUUCAAACUUCAAACUUCCCCCUUUCCUUCUCUCAAUCUCAAGUCAUUUUGAAGUACCUCCAAAUUAUUCUCCUUUUAAUUUCUUAUCCUCUUUCUUCUCUCUCCAUGGAGUUACGAACCACUGCUAUUGUUCUUCCAUCAUCAUCUUCAUAUUCAUCUUUCCAUUCUCUUCCCCACAAGUUUCUCAAUCUUAAACCACCUCCUCCCUUGUCCAUUACUACUACCAAUUCAUCCUUCCCUUUCUCUUUCAAAGUUGAUCAAGCAUAUCAGCAGUAUUCCUCUCCAAUUGCUGCUUGUUCCUGCCAUGAUUCCAAUGGAGGGGACUACAAAAUGGACGGAAAUGACGACGCAGAGUCUUUCGAUAAUAGCCAGAUGAUUGGAGACUGUGAUCGGCUAAUCGAGACUUUCAUCAUGGGUGACUCUGAUUGGAGAAGGUUCUUAGUUUUCAACAAUAAUAAGUGGUGUGAUAUCAGGAACCAAUUUUUUACACGCUGUCAAGAUAGAGCAGAAAAUGAACAUGAUCUGCUCAUGAAGAACAAGCUGCUAUUGCUUGGAAAUAAUCUUAAACAGAUAGAUGAGGAUGUACAGAGACACAAUGAACUUAUUGAAAUGAUCAAACGUACUCCAUCUGAAAUUAGUAACAUUGUCUCCAGGAGUCGUAAGGAUUUCAGUGAAGAUUUUUUUCUGCACCUUCAUACAGUAUCGGAAUCUUAUAAUGAUAAUCCAAAAGCACAAACUGAUUUGGAAAAAAUUCACCACACAUGCUUGGCUGCUGUUAAAGUCUAUGACGCCGCAACUGAGAAUAAUGAAGUACUAAAUGCUUCCUACCAGAAGAUACACAAGUUUGCUGAGAAAGGUCAGUGCUUCAAUCCAGAGUCAGUAGCUCAUUGGCUGCGAUUGUGUUACGAUGUGGAAGAAGUAGGAAGGAUACACACAAUUAUCUUGAAAUGUUUUAGAGAUUCAAGUACUUAUGUUGAUAAUAAUUUGAUUUGUAGUUAUUUAAGAUUGGGUAAGUUAGCUCGGGCUCGUAAAGUGUUUGAUGGCAUGCUGAGAAGGGAUACAGUUACAUGGACUGCUAUCAUUGAUGGGUAUUUAAAGUUUAACUUGGAUGAUGAAGCUUUUAAGUUAUUUUGCGGUUCAAUUAAGCACGGGGUUCAACCAAACAGUAAGAUGUUUGUCUGUUUCAUGAAUUUGUGUUGUAAAAGAGUGGAUAUAGCGUUGGGGAAACAAAUUCAUGCUUGUAUCUUGAAAAGCAACUGGAGGAAUUUAAUCGUUGACAGUGCAGUUGUUAAUUUUUAUUCAAAAUGUGGUAAGAUAUCAAGUGCGUUUAGAACAUUUGAUCGUAUGGAAAAGCGAGAUGUGGUAUGUUGGACGACAAUUAUUACUGCUUGUUCCCAACAAGGGCUCGGACACGAAGCCUUGUUAAUGUUUUUGCAGAUGCUGUGCGAUGGGUUCUUUCCUAAUGAAUAUACUAUAUGUGCUGCACUGAAGGCUUGUGGAGAAAAUAAAGCAUUGAAAUUUGGGACGCAGCUACACGGUGCCAUAAUAAAGAAAAUCUGCAAGAAUGAUGUUUUUAUAGGAACUUCUGUAGUUGAUAUGUAUGCGAAAUGCGGGGAGAUUGCGAGUUCUAAAAAGGUAUUCGAUAGAAUGAGGGUUCGAAAUACAGCUACUUGGACGUCAAUUAUAUCAGGGUAUGCGCGGAAUGGGUUUGGCGAAGAGGCUUUAAACUUUUUUCGAUUAAUGAAGAGGAACAGAGUAUAUGUUAAUAAAUUGACACUUGUAUGUGUUAUGAUGGCUUGUGGUACAAUUAAAGCUUCACUAAUUGGAAGAGAGGUUCAUGCACAUAAAAUCAAAAGUAUUGUCCAUACUAACAUGUACAUAGAAAGCACUUUGAUAUGGUUCUACUGCAAAUGUAAACAAUACUCUCCUGCUUUAAAUGUGCUCAAACAUUUGCCUUUUAGGGAUGUUGUUUCAUGGACUUCCAUGAUCUCCGGGUGUGGUCAGCUCGGGCUUGAAACCGAGGCUCUGGAGUUUUUGCGUGAAAUGAUGGAGGAAGGUGUGUCACCUAACUCCUAUACUUACUCGGCAGCUUUGAAAGCUUGUGCGAAAUUAGAAGCUCCAAUACAAGGACAAUUGAUUCAUUCCAAUGCAAGCAAGACCCCUGCUAUGUCUAAUGUAUUUGUGAACAGUGCUUUAAUAUACAUGUAUGCAAAAAGCGGAUACAUUGCGGAUGCUUUUCAAGUUUUCGACAAGAUGCCAGAGAGGAAUUUGGUUUCUUGGAAAGCCAUGAUCAUGGGUUAUGCAAGAAAUGGGCAUUGUAACAAGGCUCUAAAGCUCAUGUAUAGAAUGCAAGCUGAAGGUUUUGUGGUGGAUGAUUAUAUUUUUUCGACAGUUCUUACGGCGUGUGGAGGCAUCGACUGUGGAGACAUUGAUUGGGAUCUUGAGUCUUCUGCAAGACUGUAGACUAAGGCAAUGAACCUGAUUAGAUAUAUAUAUAUAGGAAACAAAUAUGUAUGUUUAUGCCCUGUGUGAAAGUUGAAUCAGAAACAUGCUCUGGUUGCACUAGAUGACAUACAUAGUUUAUGCUUGGGAUUCAACUUGAAACUUACAUAUGAAAAUUCCAAUGUAUGUAAUUGCUAUCAUUGUCUAUGAUUAGAUUUAAUGAAUAUAUCUGUAUUCCUAUGGUAAGUCCUUGUAGGGGUGUAAAAGACCUAAACUGGUAAUUUAAUCCACCUAACCAUAAGCUUUGGGUUGGGUCUGACUUGAAAAGGCUUUGAUCCUAAACCAACCUUCA